AUGGAUUCUUCGAAAAUUCCUCCAUCGGAACGCCGAUUUCAUCCAAGUGACGAAGAGCUUAGUCACAUCCUAUGGAGAAAGAUGGGCGAUAGUAGCUUCUCCGCACCGGCAAUUGGCGAGGCGGAUUUGAGAAAGCUUGAUCCCUGGGAUUUCCCUGGUGUUUCCUUGCAGGGUGAAAGAAGAAAAUGGUUUUUCUUCAGCCCCAGAGAUUGGAUGAACGGAAUAUUCAGAGCUACUUCUUCAGGAUACUGGAAAACCACCGGAAAAGACACACAGAUCUUCAAGGGGAAAGCCCUCCUCGGUAUGAAGAGGACCAUGGUUUUUUACCAAGGAAGAAUACCCAAAAUCACAAAGACAAACUGGUUAAUGCACGAGUACAGAUUAGAGAGCAACCAUGAAUGGGUGAUCUGUAAAGUCUUUCUGGAAAACAAAAUUUCUGGGAUCAGCAGCAGCAAUAACAGCGAAGAAUCGAGACCACAUCCAAUGAUGCAGACAAAUGUUGUUCUAAGCACACAAUUCCUGGUGAAAUUGAAAUACAAAAAAGAUACUGUGAAGUUUGUGCUUAACAACCCUACCCUUGAUGGUUUAAAGGCACAAGUUUUGAAGAGAUUCAAUAAGUUGGAAAUUGAUGGUCUUGAGUUCAAGUACAGAGAUUUACAUGGAAGAAUGAUUAGUAUGGUUUGUGAUGAAGAUUUGAAAUAUCGCUUGCGGUGUUUGAAAGCAUGUGGGGAAAUUGAAGUCAGAUUGUCACUAGUUUCUCAAUGA